AUGGCUGACAGUUCAACACAAAUCGUAAAUGAACGAAUCACCACUAAUUCGCUUCCAGACUUGGAGAAAUUAUUACAACGAUCUGUAAAACGAACAAGGGCAAUGUUUCAACUCUGCUCUAGUACUCCUAAUUUUCUUCUUGAGGAUGACGAAAGUCAACGGAUCAAGUUACGGGUAAAACUUAACGACGAAUACGGCGAUGCUCAACAGUUACCGGCCUCUUUAUUAGCACAACAAAGUAGAGGAAAGAAAAGACCUUUAGAAACAGACAGUUCCACUCCAGCUAUCGAUAGUACUUCAGAAACUAUGCAAUUGGAUAAUAAUGAUCAUUUACCUCAAAUCGCUGGAGGUCAUGCGUUUCCUUCUGCACCAGGCUUGUUAUUAACUUUAAAUUGGGUAUCACUUUCUGAAGAUAACGCGGUUGAAGGACAAGUUUCAACUAAUACUAUACAACAAUUGGUUGAUAAUCUUCCACCUUCACGUGUUCAACAAGAAGCUGCCAAGACUGCACAUGGUGUCGUAGCUAUCAGACAAAGGGCUGGUAUCAAUGCUACACCGUUUGCAACUUCAGGAUCUUUGGUAAGACGUCAAACUCCAAGAGCACAGCGUCCGGAUUGGCACGCUCCUUGGAAAUUGAUGAGAGUAAUAAGUGGUCAUUUAGGAUGGGUUCGCUCGGUAGCUGUAGAACCGGGAAAUAAAUGGUUUGCGACGGGUGCUGGUGAUAGAACUAUCAAGAUUUGGGAUCUUGCAUCCGGCACGUUGAAACUUACCCUUACAGGUCACAUUUCGACGGUUCGUGGUUUAGCUGUUUCGCCGCGACAUCCAUAUUUAUUUUCUUGUGGAGAAGAUAAAAUGGUUAAAUGUUGGGAUCUUGAACAAAAUAAGGUCAUACGACAUUAUCAUGGUCAUUUAUCUGGUGUAUAUUCUUUGAGUUUACAUCCUACGUUAGAUAUUUUGGCUACUGCAGGAAGAGAUGCUACCGCAAGAGUGUGGGAUAUGCGUACAAAGCAAUGUAUUCAUGUAUUAAGUGGACAUAAUUCGACUGUAGCAGAUGUAAAAUGUCAAGAGGCAGAUCCACAAAUACUUACAGGAUCGAUGGAUUCAACUAUCAGACUUUGGGAUUUGGCAGCAGGAAAAACUAUUGCAACACUCACUCAUCAUAAGAAAUCCGUUAGAGCCUUAGCUAUACAUCCGAAAGAAUUUACUUUUGCAAGUGGUAGUGCCGACAAUAUUAAACAAUGGAAAUGUCCUGAGGGAACUUUUAUGCAAAAUUUUGAAGGACAUCGUGCUAUUAUUAACGCUUUGGCUGUUAAUGCCGAUAAUGUUUUAUUCUCUGGUGCUGAUAAUGGAUCGAUGGCAUUUUGGGAUUGGAAAUCGGCAUAUAAAUUCCAGUCUUUGGAAACAACGGUUCAGCCAGGGUCUUUGGAUUCUGAAGCUGGUAUAUUCGCUAGUACUUUUGACCGGACCGGACUAAGAUUGAUUACAUGUGAAGCUGAUAAAACCAUUAAAAUUUGGAAAGAAGAUUCUAGCGCGACCCCGGAAACUCAUCCUAUUGAUUGGAAACCAACGUUGAUUAGAACUAGAUAUUAA